CGGUCACAUGACCAUGACCAUAUUCUGCAGAUCCACGUCAGUGAAUACAUUUUGAACCAGGGAGAGCUGCAGAUAAAAUGGCUGCAAAAGACCCGGUCGCGAGUUGGACCGAGGAGGUCGUUUGUCCCAUCUGCCUGGAUCUCUUCACCGAUCCGGUGACACUGGAGUGCGGGCACAACUUCUGCCGCUCCUGCAUCACACAGAGUUGGGACAGCGAGCGGAGAAACUCCUGCCCGGAAUGUAGAGAGGUGUUUACAGACCGCACCCUCAGGGUGAAUCGGGCCUUGGCGAAACUGUCUGAGAAAGCUCGAGCACUGAGCCUGAAUCUCAAAGAGAAGGAAAGUAAACUUCACUGCGAGGAACAUCAGGAAGAACUGAAGCUGUUUUGUGAAACUGACAAGAAGCUGAUCUGUGCGAUUUGUGCAGCUGGGCAGGAACACAAGACUCACAGCUUCAUGCCGGUAGAUGAAGCUGUUAAAAUCUACAAGGGUCAGGUGAAAUCUACCUUCGAAUCUCUCACAAAAAGGAAAUCAAAUACCCAGCAACUUGAGCAAGAACAGAAAUGGAACAUUUCUAUUCUUCAGAUAGAGUCACGCAACUUUCAGUCACAGGUCACAUCCCAGUUUGCUGAUCUGCACCAGAUUCUCGUGGAGAAAGAGCAGCGCGUACUCGGAGAUAUCCAGGAAGAAGAGAAGAAAAUUGUAAAAGACAGUGAAGAAAAUAUUCAAGAGAUACAAGAGAAAUUAAAUUCCAUUCAGGAGGAACUCUCAAAGUUACAGAAACUAAUAGACAUGGACGGCGCGAUAUUUCUGAAGGAGCAAGCUGGUCACAAGAGCAGGGUUAGAGAUGAAACCUACUCUCUGGGUGUGGUAGAAGGUGUGAUGCCGAUUGACAAGUUUGAACUCACUUUUUUCAUCAACAUGGUAUUGAGAGAAGCAUCUGAUAUCAUCAAACAAGUCUCCAUCACCCUAGAUGACGAAACAUCGGGUCCGCAGCUCGAGGUGUCUGAGGAUCGGAAGAGGGUGAAACUGGCCGAGUACUGCAGGAAUCUCCCUGAAACCGAGAAGAGGUUUACAUCCCUGGAGUGUGUGCUGGGAUCGGAGGGAUUCACAUCGGGGAGAUAUUACUGGGAGGUGGAGGUGGCGGAGUGUCGUGGCUGGAGUCUAGGGGUCGCCGCAGAGUCUGUGGAGAGGGGUGACGAGUUAGAGUUGAACCCGGAGUCUGGAGUCUGGAGCAUUGGGCGGCAGGGUGACUGGUUUCAUGCAAAUACCGAACCUUUAACCCUACUCCCCCACCGUCCCACCCCCAGGAGGGUGGGAGUUUAUCUCAGUUACGAGUCCGGGAUAGUGUCAUUUUACGACGCGCCAACCAAGUCCCAUCUCCACACCUUCAUUGGGAAUAAAUUCACGGAGAAACUUUAUCCUUUCUUCUGGGUUUGGGAUGAAAACCAGUGGCUGAUAAUCUACUCCGGUUCCGCUCUGGGUGUGUAAAAGGGUCGGGUCCCGGGACCGGCGUCAGGAGCGGGGCUCAGGGGCUGUGGGGCAGAAACCCGGUGGACAACAGGUCGGCGCUGAAUGAACGGCUCCCAUUUAAUCCCCAAAUUCCGCGUCGUGAAACAAACCCCAGUGAGCGCGGAAAUAAAACCAGGGGGAAUGUAAAUGUGGGAAGAGUGAAAUAAAGAGCAACUGAAAUCAGAG